AGCAAGACAAAAAACAAAGCUUCCCCUUCACAACAAAAACCCCCGAAACCUCGAGCGCGGAGAGCCAUCCCACACCACCCGUCCGUCCAUCCAUCCAUCCAUCCAUCCCCGUCGCAAUCCACGGGCCCGGAGCAGCAGCAGCAGCAGCAGCAGCAGCGGCAGCGGCAGCCAUGGCGAGAGGGGAAGGGGGAGGGCAGCGCGAGGGCAGCGCGCUGAAGACGGCGGUGGUCGUGACCGGUGGCCUCGUCCUCGCCUGGUUCACCAUGGAGUCCGCGUUCAAGCCCUUCCUCGACCGCCUCCGCGGCGCGCUCACCCGCUCCACCGACCCGGCGCCGCGCGACCCCGACGAGGAGCCCGCCGCGCCGCCGGCCGCGGCCGAGGGGGCGGAGGAGGGCGAGAAGAAGGGGGAGGACAAGGAGGUGGAGCUGGAGGAGAAGGGGGAGGGGGACGCCAAGGCCGAGUGAAGAAGAAGAAGAAGGCGUCGUCCCCCGUCUGGUUCCGCUUCUGAAUAUGUUGUGAAUCUGUUUCUGUGCUUCCCAAUCUUGUCCUGGAUGAUGCAAAUUUUCGAUUCUAAUACCAGUAUCUGCACCAGUAGUACUCAUCUCAAGUCUACCUGUGUGCUUGCGUUAGUUUCUACUUUCUAGUGACAUUUACUGCUGCUCAGCUAAUAUGUACUUUUUUCUGUGGGUGCACUUGUUCCCCCUUGAAGCUGCUUGACUAUGCUAUUCAUAAGAAAACUGUAGUAAAAAUCAGUGUUUCUCUA